AUGACGAUUCUUGAGAAGAAGAGAGUUCAGAUUCUGCUCUUCAUUGUUGGAGUAAUUGCUCUCAGUAUCACCGCUGAAAAAUGUAGGGAAUUCGUUGGUGAAGAGGCUGCAUCCAAAAGUGGGAAAUUUACUUUCUUGAACUGUUUAGAUGGGGGUUCUGGAACCCUUGCAUGUGUGGUGAAGGAGGGUGUAAAACUCUAUGUUUACAACAUCAGAUCUAUCCAUGUAGAGAGUGCAAGAAACAAGGCAAUUGAGUCUGCCUUGUCUGAUGCAUUAACACAAGGCAUACCUGCCAAAGAUGCAGCCAAACUAGCCCAAAAAGAAGGAGCUAAGGCAGCGAAACUGGCUACUCGGAAAGCUAAGCGCAUCGUAGGUCCCAUCAUUUCUUCGGGAUGGGAUUUUUUUGAAGCUCUUUACUAUGGGGGUACCAUGACUGAAGGGUUCCUUCGGGGCACAGGGACAUUGUUUGGCACCUAUUCUGUAGGUUUCAUCGGAGAGCAAAGGUUUGGUCGCUUUGGUUAUUUGGUUGGAAGUCAUCUGGGCAGUUGGGUUGGUGGACGAAUUGGGCUUAUGUUCUAUGAUGUGGUCAAUGGAGUUGAGUACCUGUUGCAGUUUUUUCAACUGGAUGAACCUAAAGUUUAUGAUGAUGCAACUGAACAAGUUAUUGAAUCUACCGGUUUUGAAACUUCUGAUGUCUCUGAAGAUUCAUUUGACAAUGCAUCAAGUGAACAAGUUUCUGAAUCUAUAGGCUUUGAAACUUCCGAUGUCCCGGAAGAUUCCUACAUAAAUGAAAUGACGGCACAUACUUCUUCUGAUGAGACGAAUGAUUAUGAGAAUCCUGCUUACAAUAGUCCAGAUGACGCUUAUGAAGAAUUUUAG